AGGGGAGAGUAGAGCGGCGGCGGCGACGACGGCCAUCUUAGAGCUACCGUGGUAACCGACACUCAUCUUCUGGAUUUUAUUUUUCUUGUUAGAGCAACACUCCACCUGACUGACGAGGGAAGAAGAAGGUUGUCUUUUACUUCGUCGCGGUUGAACUCGAAGUCGGGAUGCGGUUCCGAGGGAAUAAACGAUUUGCAUCCGCUGUCGGACUGGUCCUCGGACUAUUAUGUGCGGUGGAGGCAGCUAAAGUCAAUAAGCACAAACCAUGGAUUGAGACGACGUACCACGGGAUUGUAACGGAAAACGAUGACAAAGUACUUCUGGACCCCCCUCUAAUUGCACUGGACAAGGAUGCUCCUCUACGCUAUGCAGAGAGUUUUGAGGUGACCCUCACUGAAGAAGGUGAGAUUUGCGGCUUCAGGAUCCAUGGGCAGAAUGUCCCCUUCGAGGCAGUGGUCCUGGACAAGUCCACUGGCGAGGGGGUCAUCCGGGCCAAGGACAAGCUGGACUGUGAGUUACAGAAGGAGCACACCUUCACCAUCCAAGCUUAUGACUGUGGCGAGGGUCCUGAUGGCGCCAACAUGAAGAAAUCCCACAAGGCCACUGUCCACAUCCAAGUGAACGACAUCAACGAGUAUUCACCAGUGUUCAAGGAGAAGUCCUACAAAGCCACCGUCAUUGAGGGAAAGAAGUACGACAGCAUCCUGAAGGUCGAGGCCGUGGACGCCGACUGCUCGUUCCAGUUUAGCCAAAUCUGCAACUAUGAGAUCGUCACCCCUGAUGUGCCCUUCACCAUCGACAAAGAUGGCUUCAUCAAGAACACAGAGAAACUGAGCUAUGGCAAAGAACGCAUGUAUAAGCUGACUGUGACCGCCUACGACUGUGGAAAGAACCGUGCCUCUGAGGACGUGCUGGUCAAGAUCAGCGUUAAACCCACCUGCAAACCCAGCUGGCAAGGCUUCAGUAAGAGGAUUGAAUACGAGCCUGGCACAGGUAGCCUGGCCCUUUUCCCCAGCAUGCACUUGGAGACCUGUGAUGAGCCAAUCACCUCCAUCCGAGCCAGUAUUGAAUUGGAGACCAACCAUAUUGGGAAGGGCUGUGACCGUGAUACUUACUCUGAGAAGUCGCUGCACAAGCUUUGCGGAGCCAGUUCCGGCACUGUGGAGCUCCUUCCUGCACCCAGCAGCUCCGCCAACUGGACGGUCGGGCUGCCCACUGACAACGGACACGACAGUGACCAGGUGUUUGAGUUCAAUGGCACCCAGGCCAUCAAAGUCCCUGACGGCAUGGUGAGCACCAGCCUGAAGGAGCCCUUCACCAUCUCUGUCUGGAUGAGACAUGGCCCUGGGGCCCAUGAGAAGGAGACCAUCCUCUGCAACUCUGACAAAACAGAGAUGAACAGACACCACUACUCGCUCUACGUCCACAACUGCAGACUGAUCCUUCUCCUCCGUCAGGAUCCGUCAGAGGCCGAGAACUACAAACCAGCCGAGUUUCAUUGGAAACUCGACCAGGUGUGCGACAAAGAAUGGCAUCACUAUGUGCUGAAUGUGGAGUUCCCCACCGUGUCUUUGUUUGUGGACGGGACGACCUUUGAGCCCUUCCUGGUUACAGAGGACUACCCACUCCACCCCUCCAAGAUUGAAGCUCAGCUCACUAUUGGUGCUUGCUGGCAAGACAACUCAGGACAUGACAAUGACACUGAGACAGUCUCUGAGCCCACCUCAGGAGGAAACGCUCGAAUGGCUCAGUUUUUCCGGGGGAACCUGGCGGGGCUGAUGAUCCGCUCCGGCAAACUGGAGAACAAGAAGGUGAUCGACUGUCUGUACACCUGCAAGGAGGGCCUGGACGUGCAGCUGCCUGAGGAGGUGGCCUCAGCUGUCAAGGUGGAGUUCAACCCGAACCAGUCCUCUCUGACUGUGGAGGGUGACGACAUCGAUGCCUUUGACAAGGUCAUGCAGCACAUCUCCUACUUGAACUCCCGCCAAUUCCCUACUCCCGGCAUCAGGCAUCUUCGCAUCUCCACCACCGUCAAAUGCUUCAAUGAGGAGUCCUGCGUAACGGUGCCAGAUGCUGAGGGUUAUGUGAUGGUGCUGCAGCCUGAAGAACCCAAGAUCAGCCUGAGCGGCAUCGACCACUUUGCCCGCAGCGCUGCCGAAUUUGAGAGCCAGGAAGGCGUGACGCUCUUCCCCGAGCUCCGCAUCGUGAGCACCAUCACCCGCGAAGUGGAGGCUGACGCCGAGUCUGAAGCUGCAGAGGGAGCUGAUGAUGAUCCCACGGUCCAAGAGACAGUGGUGUCAGAGGAGAUCAUGCACAACCUGGACACAUGUGAAGUGACCGUGGUGGGAGACGAGCUGGACGGCGAGCAUGAGAGCCUGGAGGUGGACAUGUCCCAGCUGCAGCAGCGUGGCCUGGAAAUGAGCUCCUCUAACCUGGGCCUCGUCAUCACCGGUGUGAACACCAUGGCCAACUAUGAGCAGGUCCUGCACCUGAUCCGUUACAAGAACUGGCACACCGAGGCUCUCUUUGACAGGAAGUUCAAGUUGGUCUGCUCUGAGCUCAACGGUCGCUACAUCAGCAAUGACUUCAAGGUCGAGGUGAAUGUAAUCCACACAGCCAGUCCUGUGGAGCAUGCUAACAAUGCCAUGGUGCAGCCCAAUUUCAUUAACCCCGUCCAUCAUGCCUCUGUGGACCUGUCCGGUCACAACCUGGUCAACGCUCAUCAGGCCUCAGUGGUUCCCAGCGCUGCCACCAUUGUCAUUGUGGUGUGUGUUAGCUUCCUGGUGUUCAUGAUCAUCCUGGGCGUGUUCCGCAUCCGAGCUGCACACCAGCGGACCAUGAGAGACCAGGAGAACGGCAAGGAGAACGAAAUGGACUGGGACGACUCGGCUCUCACCAUCACCGUCAACCCCAUGGAGACAUACGAGGACCAGCACAGCAGUGAGGAGGAGGAGGAAGAGGAGGAGGAGAGCGAGGAUGGAGAGGAGGAAGAUGACAUCACGAGCGCUGAGUCAGAGAGCAGCGAAGACGAGGAGGGCGGGGAGCCGGAGGACCAGCAGGGGGCCAGCAGACAGCAGCAGCUGGAGUGGGACGACUCCACCCUCACCUACUAAAACAACACACACACACAGACACACAUCAGAAACCCACAUUACACUCAACACAAGCUCUCUCACACACACAAACACACACACACGCACACACCACCAACUCACGCUUACUCAGAUCCUCAUAGUCACUUUUCACACCCCCUCCUCCCACAGGUUCAUGUCUAAGGAGCCAUGAUGUUAAAAAAAAGAAAAGAAAAAAAAAACUACAAAAAAUAAAAACAAGAAUUCCCUUCAGCAUAUAUAUGGUCAAGGUUUUCCUGUUGUUACCUUAGUGGUGGUACUCAGUGUAGUGUAGUCAUCACCGGAUUGCUGAUUUUUACUGUUUAUUUUUUUAUUUAUUAUAUUUUAAUUCCCAGGAAAACUUGGCCUACAUUUGUUUUGAACUGUGUGAGGAAGCCAACCCUGCACUUUUUGUUUCCUCUCAGACGUAAGAAGUUCAAAUGGAGAAUAAUUUUUUUUUCCCUGAUGUAUAUUCUUGCUUAAUGCUUUUAGAUUUGUUUGCCGCUAAACUCACAUAUAGCUUUGACUUGAGUUUUCUUGACUUGUAGUCCACAGUGAAACAAAAUGAUGCUUUUAACAAGUAGACUGCAUUUUUUUUUCUUUUAGUGCAUGAGGAUAUUUAACAAGUCCUAUGUGUAGAGAAAUAAAUUGCUUUUUAAAGAUUUUGUAAAUAUAAAGAAACCAUGUAAUUAGUCUAUGUGUUAGUGAAGGCCUACUCAAUCUAAAACGACGCAGUACGUAAUGUAGAAUAUUUGUGUCACAGAGGCUGUAGCAUGUUGCAAAAUUUCCGCAAAAAGCUGUUCCAUCAUGCUUGUACAAAAAUGUCUGCUUCACGAUGAGAAACCCAGGACUGUUCAGCGGAGGUUUCCAUGACAAAGUGGUGUCUGUUUUGUCUUUUUUUUUUUUUUUUUUUUGCAGAGAAAAAUCAUGUCUUUUUCUUUCUCGUAGGCAGGACUGGUUGACAGUUUCAGCUUCAUACAUGCUUUGCUUUGCUUGCACAGGUGGCAAUGCUCUGCUCCAGGCGUCACGUGUAUUUCAUUCCCAGUAGAUCUCACUGUUGUACAGAUGGGAUUUUCUUUUUGUUCAGAGUAAUCAUGCUCAGAGAAAUGCUAAUGUACAAAUCGACAUUUCAUUUUGUGUGGAGCGGUACAAACACCAGACCAGCAGGUUCUGUAGUGCUGUUAAUCUUGAAAUAUGAGUAGUAACAUUUCUGCCAGUGUAUUUGGACAAGUAGAGAGAUUUCCUCAGCAGCUUUAAAAAAAAAAAAA